AUGUUGCAAGUGUCAUUGCCUUUAUUUUAUGGUUGCCAUAGAGACUAUGAUACUUGGGAAAAGAGCAUAGAGAAUUUGUUUGUAUUGCUUAACAAAGAGAAAGAGAGUGAGAAAAUAGCCUUAGCUGUAGGCUGUUUUCGUUCUAGUGCUUUAAAUUGGUGGAAGCUAGUUUCAAAUAUCUAUUCGCAUCAUUGGUAUCGUAAUUUGGAUGAUUGGCUUGAUUUGAGGAAUGCUUUGCGAGAAAGAUAUGCUGGUACUAACACCUUUGAUGAAGCAAAAGUGAGGUUGCUCAAUUGUAAGCAGAAUGGUAGAUCCGUUCAAUCUUACUUUGAGGAGUUAGAAGGCGUAUUCCUGAGUUCGGGUGUGGAUGAGAACGACUACAUGUUGACUGAUCGUUUCCAUUAUGGCUUGGACAAGGGUUGCUUCAGAACUGGCUGGGAAACAGGAGAUUGGCUUAGAGAAUGGAAAGAUGGCUGGACCAGUUUAAGAAGAAUAUUCUUGGCUGCAAUUAAUGCAACAAUUUACCACAUAUCGGAGGAGCGAAAUAGAAGAUUGUUUACAGGAGCUAUUCGACAGGGUUCUGAGCUGCUGAAUCAGAUUCAAGAUGAAGGGAGAAUCACGAUUCUGGGCAAACAAAAGGGAGUAUGGACAGAUGCUGAAAGGAGGAAACUGGAAGGCUAUUCUAUUGUGUAUCAGUUUUAUCAGGGGGAUGGACAUGAUUAUAGUUCGGCUUUUGCUACUGACGAGACUUUUGGCACGAAGCCUGAAGCUAUUGCAUAUGCGAAGGAUAUUGCAAAUAUGUACAACAUGGAGUUAAGUGUAUUCUCGCACAAAGAUAAUAAUACUAUACUCUUUUGUCAUAAAGGAGGCUGGUAUCCAGGUCAACAGGUGGAUGAAAACAUGCGCGCCCGACCCAAUACAAAGACACAGAUGACUGGAUGCCAGUUUCGGGUUACUGUCUACAAAAUAUAUGAUAGGAGGCCACUGAGUGCAGAAGUGAAAGAGCUUAUUCAAGAGUACUCUAAAGUUGGGACUAAGGCAAUCCACAUUUUACGGGCGAUAUGGACACAAUUUUCUGAUGAAAAUAUUACCUCCAAACAAGUCUACAAUUACAGAAAUCAAUUGCGUAAGGAGGGAUUUCUAAUUCUGGAUGACAUGGCUUCUAUGGACAUCGUGGGAAAGGUGUUAGAGGUCGCAGAACAACACAAAUACAUCAUCUUCACUGAGUGCGAUGAAGAGACACAGAGGGAGAAAUUGCAAGAAUCAAGGCAGAAAAUAGGGAGGCAACACAACAAGUACCCUUUCUACCAAUUGAGAUGCAACGUUUCACACUACUGCUUGGAUCUAUUGAACAAUGAGUUGGAAAGGGCACAGCAACUCGGAGAUGAUGUGUUUUGGGAAUGCAAUCACUACUUGAAGCAAACUCAUUUGAUCCCUUGUACAUGUAUUCUGAAGCGGGUAAUGGAGGACUACGAGGUUUUGACUCCAAAAUACUUACACAAAUUUUGGAACACACUCGACAUCGGUCAGGUUGCAGAGAAGGAUAGUUCGGAUGAUGUCUCCGCUCACAGAUUGUUGUUCAGGCAGUUAGUGGAAGAAUUGGACGCUGCUAAGGACCCAAUACAACGCGAGAUCACUAGAUUGAUGUACAACAAACUUCACCCGGGCCAAGCCAGAUCGAAACAACUGCGGGUUGGAAAGAGAGACAAAGGCAGGCCGAAGAAAGGAGGCAUCUCAAAAAGAAAGCAAGACAAACCAAAUGUGUGGGCAUACAGGGACGGCAAUCAGGAUGGAACGAACACCAGCGAUUCCAAUAAAGCAGGUACCAGCAAAGGAACAUGGACUGGACUAGAUGGGAUGAACACCAGCAGUUCCAGUAGAGGCCAUACGUCGGGAUCUGAAGCUCAUGUCGGAGAUGUGAUGCAGACAGACUUUUCCAAGUUUAGGCAUAAGAAUAAGAUUCAGCAGAUACUCCACAACCAUGUUCAGUCAUAUCUUGAUGUCCAGCCUGACAGCAAUUUUGGUUUUCGUGUCAUUGCGAGUUGCAUGUUGAGAGGGCAGAAUAAUCAUGUUUUGUGUAGACAGAUAGUUUUCGAUGAGGUUAUAAAUAAUCCUGGGCUUUACAGGAACCUUUACGGAUGGGAUAAAUUAGCUGAAAGCCUAAAGCGUUUACGGUGGAUUGGUAUAAGCGAAGUUCACUGGAUGUCGACAGAGGACUUUUAUCCCAUCGCUAUAUAUUUCAAUGUUGUUGUGUACUACUUCAGGACAAAUGGCACUUUCUUAGCUGGUAUGCGUGACGUAGACGGGACAGACGUCGAUAGUAUGAAUGGAUGUGAAUGGCUCCUGUACCAGUCGUGGUACUCUACAGCUGCCUGUCCUACCUCUGUAGAUGAUACCGGCAUACAAUGA